CAACACCAGAGAUCAGACAAGUGACCUCCGGCAUCAGUAACUCAACCUACUCACAGAGUCUGUCAUAGCACAGCAGCCCGAAUCGGACCCGAGAUCAAGAAGCAUGGGAACCGUGGCGGCGCCAGCGUCAGCGACGCCCACCGUCCUCCGCGUGGCCGCCUUCAGCGGCUCCCUCCGCAAGGAUUCCUGGCACACCGGCCUCAUCCGAGCCGCCGAGGAGCUGUGCGAGGAGUUCAUCCCGGGGCUGAUCAUCGACCACGUCGACAUCUCCAACCUGCCAAUGGCCAACCCGGACCUCGAGACCGACGGCGGCGACGGCUUCCCGCCGGAAGUCGAGGCGUUCCGCGCCAGGGUCCUCGCCGCCGACUGCUUCCUCUUCGCCUCGCCCGAGUACAACUACUCCGUCACCGCCUCGCUGAAGAACGCGCUGGACUGGGCGUCGAGGGGCAGUGUCAAAUGCUGGGCUGACAAGGCCGCGGCGAUCGUCUGCGCGGGAUACGACUUCAACGGCGGGAGGGGGUCGCUCCACCUCCGCCAGAUCGGGAUCUACCUCGACAUCCACUUCAUCAACAAGCCGGAGCUUCACGUGAGGAUGUACGAUGACCCGCCCAGUUUCGACGCCGACGGCAACCUCACCGACGCAAAGAACAGGGAGCGCCUCAAGAAGGUGCUCCUGUCGCUCCAGGCCUUCGCGCUCAGGCUCCAACCCAAGCAAGCAUGAGUGAACUCGCGCUCAUGGGGAGCGUACGCUACGUACGUGCUGAUUACUCGGCAUUACUACCUGGCUUGUCCCGUGUACGUGCAACAUUGUUGUGAUUUUACUCUACAUUACUAUCCUCCCACUAGUGGAAAACGG